AUGGCUGCCGCUGAAGCUUCGGCUACUUUCUCAACUAAUGUUAAAAGGGUUGGGUCUUUGUUUAACCGAAUAAAUUGUUAUCCCAAACCCAAGACCCUUCCUAAAAUCCUUUUCUCUUCUCCCUCUCUCUUCCCUCCUCUUCUUCCUCCUCCACCUCACCUUUCAUUCUCUCGAUUCCUCUCUACAUCGUCCGUCCCUUACUCCACUUCUUUUUCUAUUGCUUCCCGCUUCGCUUCCACUUCCUCCCACAACCACGAUGUUUCUUCCCUUCUAUCACGCAAUCGCCUCCACCUUCUCCACUGCCCUCACCAAAACAUCACUCUUGUCUUCUUCACCACUGGCUCGAACCAUGACCGGAUUGGCUUCUUCUCUGUUCACGUCCAAGACAGCAAUUUUAAGUUUCUGGGUGAUCGGAAUGGCCACGUCUUUAUUUCUAACAACCACUUCAAUCACAAAAUUUUGAGUAUUCUGGUGAACCCAGUUGAUGAUUUCGCCGAGAUUUCAGGUGAUUCUGUUGUUGGGUAUAUAACGGCUUCUACUUUAUAUUCCGUUCAUUGGUAUUCUGUUAGAUUUGUUAACUCUAGCCAAAACCCCGCUUUGGGUUACAUAGGCUGUAAGUUAUUCAAGAGUUCCUCGAUUGUUUCUGCUUGUUUCAGUCCACAUAUACCUGAAGAAAGUAUGGUUUUGUUAGAGAAUGGUUCACUGUUCUUGUUUGAUUUAGCUUCCCAUGUUAAUUCUCAGAAACCCAAUGAGUAUCUUAAAGGGAGUAAAUUUAGAGUUUUUUGGGAUGACUCCAGUGGUUCAGGGAAUUAUAAAUGGUUGGGCAUUGAGUUUAGUUGGCAUCCUAGGAUUUUGGUUGUUGCCCGAUCAGAUGCUAUCUUUUUACUUGAUUUUAGGCGCACUGAGUGUAGUGUAGUUUGUUUAGCCAAGAUUGGCAUGUUGAGCCCUUAUGAUGUGGUUGAUGAAGAUCAGUUCCUAGCAUUUUCUAGAGCAGGAGCUGACGGGUUUCAGUUUGCUUUGGCUUGCCGAAGCUUGUUACUUCUUUGUGAUGUGCGUAAACCAAUGAUGCCAUUGUUGCGUUGGGCUCAUGAUCUUGAUAAUCCAAGCUUUAUUGAUGUGAUAAGGUUAUCGGAAUUAAGAUCACAGUCGAGGGAUGAUAGAUAUCAGUUGGCAACUGAAUCAGGUUUUUGUGUAAUAUUGGGAUCAUUUUGGAAUUGUGAGUUCCGGCUGUUCUGCUAUGGCCCUUCUUUAACCAAUGAAGGAUCUAUUGCUAUGGGAAUUUCAAAGUUUUGCAAACCCUUUCUGGCGUGGGAUCUUCCUUCAGAGUUCUUUUUGUCAAACCAAGAGUGUCGUUGCGGAAGUUGUCUUAUUAGAGAAGAAUUUUCAAAAGGUGCACUUCCUGAAUGGAUUGAUUGGCAACAGAAGAAAGAUAUUGUCCUUGGUUUCGGGAUUUUGAGCAGGGAUCUCUCGGGGCUGGUGCAUGAGUCAGAUGAAUUUGGUGGGUUCACUUUGAUUAGGUUAAUGUCUUCAGGAAAGAUUGAAGCUCAACGAUAUUGUGCCUCAUGGGAUUUGGUGCAUAAUUUUGAUGCAGCUCACAGAGAACCAUUGUUCAAUUUUGAGGAUAGCUUACUAUACUCAUUGGGUAAUGAUGAAUAUGAAUUUCCUAAAAGAUUCAAGUAUUUGAACCUUGAGUAUCUUCGUGGGUAUUUGUAUGACAAUCUUGCUAAAGUCCUAGACUACAAGAUGAAGAAGUCUCACAAGGGUCCUCUGCAGGAGUCUUAUAGCCUAGACUUUCAUGAAAUUUUGUGUGAGAAGUUGAAGAUCUGUGGGUUUGGUCGAUUCAGGUAUUCUCCUGCACUUUCCAUUGUCUUCAAUGACAUUAGCUUUCCAACAAGUAUAUGUGAGGUUGCUUCAAGGCAAAUGUGGGCAACCUUACCUUUGGAACUUUUACUACUAGCUUUCUCUAGCUAUCCCGAGCUACUUGAUGUACCCUUUGAUGAUAAGACAGUGUCUUUGGAAUUUUCAGUUGUUCCAGACAUACCUCAGUUGCCUCCAUUCCUACUAAGGAAGCCUUCAUGUCGCAGCACUAAGUGGUCACGCAAACUGCAGCCUGAUGAUUCACUUGUGGGUCCUGUUCUUCCUCUCCCAAUUCUACUUACGCUGCACGAGUUUCAUAAUGGCUGUCCUGAUUCAGAGAAAAUGUGUGAAUUUUCAUCAGACAUGGAGCUUGGCCUUAGGUGCACUGAAGUCAUGCAGGUGGCUACAGAAAUGGCUGUAUCAGAUUCUAGCAUGCUUAACAAUGAUCAAACUGUCUCUCUUGGUGAUGACAGAGAUGAGAUGUGGGUUGACACUCAAAGGCCAAAACCAUUCCUUUUAUACCAUCCAGUUGGAGGUGAGUCUUCUAGCAUUGAUCAACUUCAGGGAAACCGUAUUUAUAAAGAUGAGAAAUUUACUACCAUGAUUACCAAAGUGCAUAAGAAGGAGACCGAUCCUAACAAUACAAUGGAUACUGUUGGGCUAGAACUAUUCGAUGAUCUGUGUCCCAUUGAGUUGAAGUUUGAUGUUCCUGUCAUGAACUUUAGUCCACAGGAAUUAGAGGGAUUAAAGAUUUUGAAAAGGCAGUUCACCAAGUGGCAAGAACGUUUUAAACCAUAUCAGGAACUUUGCAAGCAGAAUAAUAUAGAUUUUCAAAAGAGGGCAUGAUAUGCUGUGUUGGUGGACUGCUUUCCUCUAACUGAAUCUUAGAAUCCAACCUUUGUUUGAUUUCCUCCCGAUUUAGCUUGGAGAUGUUGUAACUUGUAAGAUGAGAUAGCAGCUCCUGUAGCAGUAAUUAUAACAUAGAGAAGAGUCCUUGGCACAAACCAGGGUUUCUUUUUCCUGCUCUGGAUGUUUGAAGGCAGAGCCUAUCCGAAGAUGCUGUAAAGGAUGGUCAUUUUUUGUUUGUAUAUAUUAUCAUAUCAAUGAUCAAAGUAUUUUUGUUACCUGAUGCACCGAUUGAAGUGUCAG